CGCGCUGGAUUCUAUUUCACCCCGAGCUUCAGCUCAGAGCAACUCCGGGGAGAUUUGAAGCUUUCAGCAGAGGGCCAUCAAUGGAGUCUUCUUCGAGCUCGACGGUAACGCAGCGCGAGCAGCUUAUGGUGGAGCAGCGAGUGUUUCAGAUCUACCGCCUCCUCGCCGAGAUGCCUCGCAGCUCUCAAUCCUUCAUGUUGGAGGUACAGCGCGACAGCCACAUCGAGUACUUGACCAACGGGCUCAGGGGACUGAGCCCCUCCUUCUGCGUUCUCGAUGCCAAUCGGCCCUGGCUUUGCUACUGGAUUCUACAUUCACUUGCUCUGCUGGAGGGAUCCAUUGAUGACGAGCUUGAAAAUAAUGCAAUCGACUUUCUUUGUCGCUGUCAGGACCCAAGUGGGGGAUAUGCCGGUGGCCCUGGACAGAUGCCUCAUCUUGCAACAACUUAUGCUGCAGUUAAUUCUCUAAUUUCCUUGGGUGGUCAUAGAGCUCUCUCUUCAAUACAUAGAGAUAGCAUCUAUGCGUUUUUGAGACAGAUGAAGCAACCAAAUGGAGGCUUCAGGAUGCAUGACGGUGGAGAAGUUGACGUUCGUGCUUGCUAUACUGCUAUUUCUGUAGCCAGCAUUCUGAAUAUUUUGGAUGAUAGACUGGUUGAAUAUGUUGGAGAUUACAUACUGAGUUGUCAGACUCAUGAAGGUGGCAUUGCUGGGGAACCAGGAUCUGAAGCUCAUGGUGGGUAUACCUAUUGUGGUUUUGCUACCAUGAUUUUGAUCAAUGAAGUUGAUUGCUUAAACGUGGCUGCAUUAAUGGAUUGGGUGGUAUUUCGACAAGGGGUGGAGUGUGGUUUUCAAGGAAGAAUAAACAAACUGGUUGAUGGUUGCUACUCCUUCUGGCAGGGCGGUGUGUGCGCAUUGCUGCAAAGAUCUUAUCCAAUCAUCAAUGGUCUGGAUUCAUCAGAAUCGGAAGAAGAUUCCGAUGCAGGUAGUCUGUCUUCUGCUACCUCUGAUGUUUGUGAAGGUGAACAUGCUGUGGAGGGCACACUGCCACAAGCAGAUGCUGAGACUUGUCAGCAUACCUGGGAAGGUUUUGUGAAUACGUUGGCUCCGGUAAACCUCAAUGAUAUUGGUGAUAAAUUUCUGGAGCGAAAUGCAAAGAUGGGUCCUCCUUUUAACAGCGUAGCAUUGCAGCAAUACAUUCUGUUAUGCUCUCAGUUGCAGGAAGGCGGAUUUCGAGACAAACCUGGGAAGGCCCGGGACUUUUACCACACGUGCUACUGCUUGAGCGGGCUCUCGGCGUGCCAGUAUAGCUGGUCAGAGGAUCUCGAUUUUCCACCUGCUCCUCAGGCUGUAUUAGGCCCGUAUUCUAACCUCUUAGAGCCCAUCCACCCCUUGUACAAUGUUGUGCUAAGAAGGUACCACGAAGCACGCGAGUUCUUCGCAAGUGCGUAGGCAGAUCCCAGUCAUGAGUUCGGAUUCAUUAUAUGCGUUGCAUAGACAUAUCCAUGUACAGUGAAUUCAUCGAAACUUCCAUUGGGAUGUAUUAUCAGUUUUUACUCUUCCCCGUC